AUGGAGGACCAGCGGACGCGCGCCGGCGACGCGGAGGAAGGGGAGGCGAAAGUAGACGUAGAUGCGAGCACAGGGGCCGCGGGAAUCGGGGCCGGGGGUUCGCGAAAGCGGAAGCAGGUGCCAGGCGCGCGGAAGAAGGGCGGGGAGGAGAAGGUCCCCGCACUGGUGAAGCGGGGCGGGCGCGCAGCGGUUGUGGUGGGUGGCGGAGCAAUGGCGGCGGCCACUGCAGGGUCCUCGCUGCUAGAAUACCAGGUGCAAGCGGUGCUGAGGGACGCGCAUGUGGACCUCGCAGGUGUGAGGCAGAGAGGGAAGGGCGUGGUGGUGGCUGUGGACGGCGCGGUGGAGAAACUAAGAGAAGCGCUUAGAGCCAUGCCGGAGGGCGAGCAGGUGACAGCGGACUUGGCUCUGCCAUACGUGCAGGCGCUGGUGGGGGCGGAGGGCGUGAGGAGCCUCGCCUUCACCUUCCACCGCCCCUCCCACGUGCAUGUCAUCGGCAGCUUCGCCCACCACUCCGCCUCUCAUGUCACCUCUCUCGCUGCAUCACACACCGACUCGCACGCGCAUGGGCACUUGCCCGGGGGCGGUGAUGGUGGUGAAGGGGGAGAGGGCGGAGAGGGCGGGGCAGCGGGCGUGGGGAGUGUGACGAGGCCGUGCACACAUGUGGACGUGGCUGUGGAGAUGCCUCAGGCGUGCUUCCGGGAAAAGGACGUGCUGAACCACCGCUACUUCGCCAGGCGGGCGCUGUACCUCGCCACGCUGGCACGCCACCUGGCGGCGUGCGAUUGGGUGGCGGCGGUGGAGUGGAGCACUCUGAGGGAUGACGUGUGCAAGCCCAUCCUCCUUGUCAUCCCGCGCGCGUGCAAGAGCUGGCCUCUGCGUCUGCUGCCCUGCCUGUCCCCCGCCACCUUCCCCGCCCGCAAGCUCGCCCCCUCACGCAACAACGUGCGCCAAGCCGCCUCUGCAGGGGGCGAGCUGCUGGCAACACCGCGCUACAACAUGGGCGUGUUGGAGGAUGCGGCUCACACAGCGGCUCAUCACCUCGUGUCGCAUGCCAUGGCGCUCGUGCCCGCCCUGCCCCAUGCGCUCGUGCUGCUCAAGGUCUGGGCUCGCCAGCGCUACGGCACCAAGCGCCACGUGGCGCCUGCUGAUUGGCUGAACGGCUUCCAGCUGUCCCUGCUGGCAGCACACCUGGCGUCGCCCCACAACCCCCACCGCCGCGUCAUGCCUGCCAUGUCAGCAUUCCAGAUCUUCCGAUGUGUCAUCGAUGCCAUGGGCAACGCGGAUCUCCUCCAGCAGCCCAUCUUCCUCAUCGCACCCGAUGGCUCCCCCAACGCGCUCCAGGCCAACGCUCAGGUGCCCUCCAGGCCAACGCUCAGGUGCCCUCCAGGCCAACGCUCAGUUCUACCAUUCCCUCUUGCUCUCUCGUGCUUUUUUCUGCUUCUCUCUCAAUCCCUGGUGUUCCCGCACAUUCCCUUUCAUUCUCUCAAAGGCCCCCUUAUGCCAUCACCCCACCAGGCGCGCAGGGACAUGCAGAGGGCGUUCGAUUGGCUGCUCUGCGACCCCUCAGGCGCCGUCAACUUCGCCUCCAGAGUCUCCAAGUCCGCCCUCCACCAGAUUCGUCUAGACGCCCAACACACAUACAGUGUGAUCAAGUCGGGGGGAGCACCUGUGGCGUGCCUGCCGGGGCAGGCAGUGCUGCUGGCCUUCAUGCAGCCCUAUGAGCAAGCCGUGGUUCGCCUCUGCUCCGAACCCCAUUGCCCUCUCAACAUGCCACUCUGCCACUUUCGCCCCUCUCCACCAUCCUACGCGGCAUGCCGUCUCUCGCCCCAUCUUCUCCCCUCCCCUCUUCACGCCUUGCCAGCACUGGACAGCGCGCCUCUGGACAGCGCGUCUCUGGACAGCGCGCCUCUGGACAGCGCGCCUCUGGACAGCGCGCCUCUGGACAGCGCGCCUCUGGACAGCGCGCCUGUGCUGAUUGGGGUGUUGCUGGCGUCGCCCAAUACCGCUCUGCGUCUCGUCUCCGUCACUGUCCCCCCACCGUCCCGUCCCCUCAUUGCUCUCCCCGCAGGGCCUGCCAGCACUGGACAGCGCGCCUGUGUUGAUUGGAGUGUCGCUGGCAUCGCCUGA